AAAAAGAUUGUAGCUUAUGAAGCCUACUCAAGGGGUUUUGUUUUCAAGGAUAAACAACAGUCAUUUUACUCUAUGACGUUUGUGCCUUGCCGCGGUUUUGUAUUUUGAAAACAGUACCAACAAAAAGUACAAAUCUACAAAUUACUAUGACAGGAGCGUUUAAAUGAAUUUUUAACGAAAUUAAGUGAUGGACAGCAAGUCUGACUUUAUUUUGUUUUACUAGUAAUUAAACAUUUUAUUUUUACUGUUCUACUGCUUUGUUCUCAGUUACUGUGUAUCAUUUUAUGUAUCCAUCGAUGUGUAACAAACAUGACACUUAGGUUAGCUGCUUUGAAGCAUGUAUAUGAGCUUUCCGAAAUUUGUGCCAAGGCUAAAGAACCAUACUCAACAAGUGACUUGAGUACUCUUCGAGAUUUAUUAACUGCUUUGUCAUCUUAUGACCAUAAUUUAAUAAUAUCAUGGUUCAGAUUACAGGAGAAGCUUCUUCCCUUAGAGUUGUUAUGGCUGUUGCAGUCUCAAGGCCUAGUACAAUUUACUACACAUAUUUACUACAAAACAAAUUUGAUUGCUGGCCUGAGUGAGCAGUUUGAGAAACAGAUUUGGUGUCAAGAUGAGACCUUGCGACAAAACUGUGCAGAGACUGUGGCUGGACUGUUGGCAACUCUGGUAAAUCUUGGUCCUCACACUUCUCGUCAUGUCUGUGGGCCGGCCCAGCAACUGUUGGAGACCGUCAUGGAGAAGUUUGUUGAUAGGCUCUUUGAAGAUUCCUCAGUUCCUGAGAUACCAGUACCUUUCCUCUCCAAGCUAUUGGGCAGCUCUGUCUGUGUACAGUCCAGACUACAAGUGUUCUGUGUGUCUGUGCUACGAACAUUUGUACAGUCUGUGAGAAAAGGAGUUACAGUUGAAGAGGCUAUACAGGAUCAAUCUGAGCUUUAUACAACCAGCAAAUCUUCUCCUGUGAUCACUGAAGUCGUUAGUAAGAUUCUGUCAAAGUUACCAGCAGAAGAUGUUAUCAAUGAAUUGAGCAAAAUCGUACUUGAAGAGCAAUUCAACUGGCGUUGGCUAUUGACAACUGUUUCAGUGUUUGUUUCAUUAAGUACACAAGGAGCUGAAACUCUUAAAGCUACAGUGGAAAACUGGAUGAUGCAGGCGUUUUCCAGCAAGGACUCACGUUUGUUGUCUGCUGCAGUUCUCUGUGCACGACAGUGUUGUACAGAAAACAUGCAAGUGUUUGGUUCCUACGCAACGUGGUUCGGUGGCCUACAAGUGCGCCCGGCAUCGGCCUUCAAAUUUCUCUUCAGUUUCUUAUCGGAGAUGGUCCCUUUUGAGCCAGUUCUAUGUCUCAAGAUCCAUGUCAAUAAGGUACCUUCAGUGCCUGCUAACUGCCACAGUGUAGUAGCAGACUACACGAAUCUCGCCAAGACUAGACUGGCAGACCUCAAGCAGACCACUGACUACGUCGGUCUCUUCGGCGAGUACACCACUACAGAACAGGAGGGCCGUGAAGCUGAUGUCGCCAAAGUGGUAGCCUACUUCAAUCAGACUAGAGAAAUUAUGAAAAUAGUUUUAGAAGCCUCUGUGUUUAGAAAACAAUUUUAUGAAAAAGUGUUCUUGGCUGAAUUACUGAAAGACUACAAUUUAAGGCAUGUGGAGUUUAUUAAAAAAUUAUAUAGUAUAGGAAAAAUUCCUCAUGCUCUGUAUAAUAGAUGGCGGCAACAACGGUUUUGA